AAUUGGAUUCAUUUAAGCUUAUAUUCGCUCAUUUUGAUAUCAUUAGAUUCGUCCAAGUGAAAAGUUCAGUAUGACUACAAAUUUAGAAAGCAAUAAAAAAGUUAUCUCGAAUUCGCUAUAACAAAACCAGCCAAAUAGUAGCCAUUUGCCAUCGACGAGAGGAGAGAUUGUUCUGUAUGAAGAACUGACGCAGAACGUCAUCCGAAGGCCAACGAGAAUGUGUCAUGUCAGCACUACCAGACAUGAUACCGAGCAUUGAGAGGUGGUUUCUAAAGCAUCCAUGUUAAAUUCACCACCGCUGAAAAGCAAUAUCACUUUAGCCUGAGAAAGCCUCACCUCCUCACCGACGGUAACCGAAUCAAGCUCCAUCCGUUAUUUCCAUUGGCCAUUUCCCAACCCACCAAGUCCCCAUAAAAAAUGUCAUCUUUUUUCCAUCUUCUCCGGCGAUAUCUCGUUGACUUGCCGGCUAUCUCCUCCUUCGAAUGGAUCCCCAACGAAACUUUUGCCUCUUCCCUCACCUUCCUCUUCACCACCAUCUUCUCCUACCUCUCCCUCACCCUCCUCCUCCACCUUCGCCUCCUUCCUCUCCCCUCCGUCUCCCCCUCCUUCCUCCGCCUCCUGUCCACCAUCCAUAACCUCCUAAUCCUCCUCCUCUCCGCCGUCAUGGCCAUCGGCUGCUCUAUCUCCGCCUUCACCCAAAUGCCCUCCUUUACUUGGCUCCUCUGCUUUCCUCCCUCCACCUCCCCCUCCGGCCCCGUCUUCUUCUGGGCCCAAGUCUUCUACCUCUCCAAAAUCUACGAGUUCGUCGACACCGCCCUCAUCCUCCUGGCUGGCGGCAAACGCCUCUCCUUCCUCCACGUCUACCACCAUGCCGUCGUCGUCCUCAUGUGCUACAUCUGGCUCGCCACAUCUCAGUCUUUGCUCCCUGUGGCCCUCGUCACCAACGCCGGAGUACACGUGGCAAUGUACAGUUACUAUUUGUCUUCCAGCGUUGGGUGGAGGUGGGGGAGGCGGUGGAAGCGGGCGGUGACAAGGCUUCAGAUCGCUCAGUUUGUUUUCAGCUUUCUAGUUUCCGGUGGCUUUCUGUGGGUUCAUUUCACCGGCGGCGGGUGCCAGGGGGUGAACGGCUGGGUCUUCAAUGCGGUUUUCAAUGCCUCCCUGCUUUUUCUCUUCUUUGAUUUUCACUCCGCCGCCUACGGAAAGGAGAAGGCGCCGUAGCCGUGGGGAGAGUUCGGUGGACGGAAUGCCGUGGCAAUUUCCUGAUCUUGUCUUUUUAUUUCUUUUAUGAUAUUUUUUUAGUGCAAAAAUAUUUGAAAACA